CCUCGCCUGGCUGCCUCUCGUCGCCGGCUGGGUGCUGAAGUUGGGCGGAUGGCAGCGCACCAGCGCCGCUAGAGGACCGAGCCGCCCGCCUGCGCCCCCGGACCGCUCGGUGCGCUGCCCACCCUCCAGGCACUGGCUGAUUGGGGACUGAAGGAGCUGAAAUGAGAAAAAGGCAGCAGACUCAAAAUGAAGGAACCCCUGCUGUGUCUCAAGCACCUGGAAACCAGAGGCCCAACAACACGUGUUGCUUUUGCUGGUGUUGUUGUUGCAGCUGCUCCUGCCUCACUGUUAGGAACGAAGAAAGAGGAGAAAAUGCAGGAAGACCGACACAUACCACAAAAAUGGAAAGUAUCCAGGUCAUAGAGGAAUGCCAAAACCCCACUGCAGAUGAAGUCUUGUCCUGGUCUCAAAAUUUUGACAAGAUGAUGAAGGCUCCAGCAGGAAGAAACCUUUUCAGAGAGUUCCUCCGAACAGAAUACAGUGAAGAGAACCUACUCUUCUGGCUGGCUUGCGAAGACUUAAAGAAAGAGCAGAACAAAAAAGUCAUUGAAGAAAAAGCCAGAAUAAUAUAUGAUGAUUACAUUUCUAUACUAUCACCAAAAGAGGUCAGUCUCGAUUCUCGAGUUAGAGAGGUGAUCAAUAGAAAUCUCUUGGAUCCUAAUCCUCACAUGUACGAAGAUGCCCAACUCCAGAUAUAUACCUUAAUGCACAGAGAUUCUUUUCCAAGGUUUUUGAACUCUCAAAUUUAUAAGUCACUUGUUGAAAGUACUGCUGCUGGCACUGCUUCUGAAUCUUAAUUUUCAUUAAAAAAAAAAAAAAGAGUUUGGAGGGCUGGGACGGGGAGUACAAGUAGUUAAAUAAACAUCAGACACUGAGUUCCUGGAGAAUUACAGUUUAGCAUUCCUCAGGCUACUGUGAAAACAAUACACCCAUUAUGAUCUUUGUCUCCAUUUUUAUCAGGGUUAUCCAUGGUUAAGUUUGGAGAAAAUACCACUUACAACAAGAAUUGCCAAAUUAAGUUUGUUUUAUUCAACAAUUCAUCUACUUGCAAGCAAACUGUAUUUGUAGUCCUAUGAACAGUCUCCUAGUGUAUUGGCAGACACUGCAUGUGCAAAGUAAAACUGCUUCGUUUGCCACAUAGUUGUUGUAAUAUUUAAUCCAAUGUCAUAACUUAUAUCUGUAUUUAAGGACUUUUGUGCAAUAUGGUCUUAUAGAAAUAAUUCCAAAAACUGGCUAUGGUUUGCAUUUUUUAACUCAAUCUAAGACAGAAAAAGCCAAUUUUACAAAACCUAACAAUGAUAUUCAACAUGCUAUAUACUGUGUUCAGUACACUAAUUUUGAAGCCAAUAUUUCUGUAUAAGAAAAAAAAGAGCUAUUUAUAACUGUUGGAAAAUCCUAAGGGGGGGGGGUGAUUCCUCUGGUUGUUCACUGCCAAAACUGUGGCAUUUUCAUUACAGAAGAGUUUGCUAUGGGAAAAAAAAAAAAGAAGAAAAAAAGCACAAAACAAUUUGAAGCUAGCCUAUCUUAAUGACAAAUCAAUGAAGUGAUAUUGUUUUUAAUUGUAAUAGAAAAAAAAAAUCUAUGUAUAUAUCAGAUGUCCAAUACUGUAAUUAAUUUAUUAAAGACUGGUUCUCCAGUU